AGGAAGGGCUGCAGUUGUUCACCAACAGAGUUCAGGCUGCCUUUGCUUCAUCAUCGAAAGGAAAAUCCCCAGAUAAAGCGUACGGCUUCCAGAGAGGCGGGAGAAAAUAAGCAGCUGUAAUUAUUUCGCCGGAGACUUAUUCAUCGUCAUGAUGCAAUCGAAAAGAUAGGACCGCUAUUGCAUUAGAGUGUUUUGUUUGCAUGAUUUUAAGUGUCAGAUAGACAGAGCGACACAAGGUCCAUGCAUUGUAAGUGCCUUUCUGAAGUCACUCGUACAAGAAACAAUUCGUCUGCUUUUUUUCAAAACGAUUUCUCUGCCAGCUCUUACCUCAGCUGCUUGAUGCAAAACUGACUCCUGCAUUUACAGAGCCUGAGGAAAAUAUUAGUUUGGGCAUGAAAACUGCUGAAUGUGUAGCUCUUUCCGUGUAAUCAAUGCCAACAAAGAGGACACAGAGGGCUAAAAUGUUGUUGAGGAAUGCCAUUGCAUGAAAAUAAAACUUGCUUAACAAAACGGUGUCAACAAAACCAUCGAGGGACUCACAUUUUCUACAGCCAGAAAUGCUACCGAGCAUGAAUAUUUUGCAGCCAAAAGUCUACAAGUGGCACAUAUUGAUUGAUGAUUGACAUGCUUGCUGAUAAAUAGUUGUCACAUUCAGCUUCGUGCGCAUUGGACUCUCUGAAGCAUUUAUUAUUACAUCAUUGCUGCUAGGAGCUAUUUACAUUGAAAGGGGUUUCCCUGAGUUGUUGGAAUUCAUAACUCGAGGUGAUUUCAUUAACAGCAACUCUCAAAAUCUAAAUCAAUUGUACAUCAUGGCUUUGAAUGUUGCUCCUGUAAGAGAUACAAAAUGGCUGACAUUAGAAGUGUGCAGGCAGUUUCAGAGAGGAACUUGUUCACGCUCGGAUGAGGAAUGUAAAUUUGCACAUCCACCCAAAAGCUGCCAGGUUGAAAAUGGAAGAGUUAUUGCCUGCUUCGAUUCUCUAAAGAGCCGUUGCACAAGGGAGAACUGCAAAUAUCUUCAUCCACCAACACAUUUGAAAACUCAGCUAGAAAUUAAUGGCAGGAACAACCUGAUCCAACAGAAAACUGCAGCAGCAAUGCUUGCACAGCAGAUGCAAUUUAUGUUUCCAGGAACGCCUCUUCAGCCAAUGCACUCAUUUCCUGUAGGGCCAACAAUAGGAUCCAACACAGCACUUAGCUUUGCACCGUAUUUAACACCCGUCACUCCUGGGGUUGGAUUAGUUCCUACUGAAAUUGUCCCCACGCAGCCUGUCAUUGUUUCUGGAAGCCCCCCUGUCUCAGUCCCUGGUUCAACCACGACACAGAAACUCCUCAGGACCGAUAAGCUAGAGGUUUGCAGGGAGUUCCAGCGAGGAAACUGUGCACGGGGCGAAACUGACUGCCGCUUUGCACAUCCUGCAGACAGCACAAUGAUUGAUACAAAUGACAACACCGUAACUGUUUGUAUGGAUUACAUAAAGGGGCGCUGCAUGAGGGAGAAAUGCAAAUAUUUUCACCCUCCUGCUCACUUGCAGGCCAAAAUCAAAGCCGCUCAGCACCAAGCCAACCAGGCUGCAGUGGCUGCUCAGGCAGCUGCUGCAGCUGCUACAGUGAUGACUCAGUCGACUGCCAAAGCAAUGAAGCGACCUCUCGAAGCAACUGUAGACCUGGCCUUUCCUCCUGGUGUUCUUCACACUUUACCAAAGAGGCAAGCACUUGAGAAAAGCAAUGGGGCCAGUGCUGUUUUUAAUCCCAGUUUCUUGCACUACCAACAGGCUCUUGCUAGUGCACAGUUGCAGCAACAUGCAGCAUUUAUUCCAACAGGGUCAGUUUUGUGCAUGACACCCGCUACCAGUAUUGUACCCAUGAUGCACAGCGCUACGUCCGCCACUGUCUCUGCAGCAACAACUCCUGCAACAAGUGUCCCCUUCGCCGCAACAGCCACAGCCAAUCAGAUAAUCCUGAAAUAGUCAACAGGAAUGGGAUGGAAUGUCAAGAGGCCUCGAUGAGGACAGCAAAGCAUUGUUACUGUACAUACUACCCUGUCUCUUCAAUAGAAUUGCCACAAACUGCAUGCUGAGUAAAGAGUUUGUUCGUCUGGACAAAUCACAAAAACACUAAAGAGCUAGUGCUGCUAUAUCAUAAAAUGAAUAUUAAAUAUGGUAUGCUUAGUAUAUUCCAAACUAAUCUAGUUAACUAUCUGAUGCCAGCUGUGAUGGUUCAAGACUUAAAAAAG